CUUUUGCGGCUUUAUUCGUUGAUUUAUGUUAUACUUGUCAUCUUUUGAUGUGGUUUGUUUGGGAACAUCCUUCCGAUUUUUUGUGUGCAUAUGCGACUUGGGGAACCGUAUUUUUUGCCCUUACUUCUAUAUUCUUUAUCGUAUGCAUAAACCUUCAUAUAAUAUUCGUAAACGAAUAUAGAAUUCGUUUUAAUUUUGAAAAAUUUUAUUUUAUAAUAUCAUUAUUUUUGGCCCUUAUUCUUUCUCUUCUUCCUGUUUCUGUUAAUAUGUAUGGUUAUGAUCAUGUCGAACUAUCUUGUUGGUAUCGAGAUACUGGUGAAGAACAUUGUAUAAUAUGGCAAUGGAUUACUUUUUUCGGUUGGGUAGAUGCGGCCAUCUUAUAUUGUGCG